AUAAGGAAUGGUCACAUGUAACAUGGCGACUCUGUUGCAGUCUGGCUAUCAGUGAUUGUAAACAUACCUGUAUACGGGACGUACAAAACAUAUAUAGUCAUAUUUUUUUCUCACUCGAUUAUAUAUAACACACAUUUCAAUAGAUCUAGGUUAUAGGCCUACCUUAUAUACUGGAUCGGACAACUUCAGGUGAUAACGCAGAGAUGAGGGAAUAUCUACUUGUAGCGACGGCCGUCGUCUUUCUUCAUACUUCAUCAGGUCAAUUACGGAACCAAUGCCGGUGUUUCCCUGGGAGUGACAUGUUCUAUGAGUACGCCACGUGCCGGCUAACCCCCAAUCCAGGCAUGGAGAUGGGCCAAAACGUACACGGGGUGGUGAGGAUGCGACAGAGGAGUUGUAAUUGGUGUAAGGAAGCUGUUGAAAUUUCAGUGACUGUUAGCGGUUUGCAACCCUCCGAGGGAGUAAUUAAAAAUAAACACGGGUUUCACGUGCACGAGUUUGGGGAUCUGUCUGGGGGAUGCGCUAGUGCUGGGGGACACUACAAUCCCCUCAACAAAAAUCACGCCGCUCCAAACAGCACUGUAAGGCAUGUAGGGGACCUGGGCAAUGUGAUGGACACUGGGUCCGGAACGAUCAACGAGUAUUUCCGAGACGAGGUUGUGUCGAUUACAGGAAAUAUUGGAGUGUUGGGUCGUUCUAUGGUGUUGCACGAAAGAGCAGACGACCUCGGAAAGGGAGGUGAUGCCGAAUCUCUGAAGACUGGAAACGCAGGAGGACGGCUGGCGUGCUGCGUGAUCGGACGGGCCACAAAUACCAGCUGGGUGCAGCCUACAGUUCCGUUGUCACGGAGAAAUGACUCUCCUCCUCAGAACUGCUCAUGGCUCAUCCGCCGCUGGUUCCCUCAGAUGUGCAACGGGGCUGUCUUGGUGGGCGACUUCUGAGAACACAAGCUCAUAUAGGCCCAGGCAGAUUUCAACAACAAUAUAUAUCACCCUCAUAAUAUACACAGUAUGCAUUACUUAUAUCUUGGGCGACUCAAGUCCAAGUUAAAAUAUAUGUAUUUACCAUUGCAUGAACAAUGCGUUACCAGCUUUUCUGCAAAUCGUCAUUGCACUUUAAGAGUGAACAAAAUUUACCAUUGCAUGAACAAUGCGUUGCCACCUUUUCUGGAAAACAUCAUUGCAUGGUACGAAUGAACAAUAGACUGUAGAGCUUUUGUCCGUAUGGCAUCAGGCUGGAGAGAUUGCCCUUUGACUUCUAUGGCCGAAACGUAUAGCUAUUCAGUAUUUAUAUAUACCAUCACCUACCAUAUAUGAUCGUACGUGUUAACGCGCUUCGGUUAGACCGUUCCAUGUAAGGUUAUUAACAUGGUUCUCUUUGGCUAUUUAUGGUACAAAUACGUUGUCCCUAGCUACCACCUAUUUCGCGGCAUCAAUAAAUUUCGUGAGGUUGGACAGAAUUGGUGUAGAACUUCCUGCAAGCUUGUUCUGUUUUAUUCCGGUUCGCAAGCUUCGCGUUUAUAAAAAUGUGGACAGACCUAUAUAAAG